AUGACAUUGAACUUUGACCUUCCUGAGACCUGCGUUGACACACCUUCUUUGAAGGCAAAGUUGACUGCGUCUUUGAGCACUUUGAAUUUUGUGUGGAGUAGGAGUUUGUGUGAGCAGUCAGAUUGCAGCAAUGAGGUUACUGAUGUGGAGUGUCAGGAUACCAGGAAGAUUGGGGUGAAUGUUCAGCUUCACCUUGUACCGGGAGAUAUAAAGAACUCCAUCACAAAUACAGCCUCCACACCUUCUGAACUACUAGCAGCAGCCAUAGACAACAAGGAGUUGACCAUACAAGGAUCUGUUGCCGACGUGAUGUCACUAGAUAUCCUGAUACAGGGGCCUUCCUGUCUGGACAGACACCAGGUGGUGGGAAACUACUGCGUUGAAUGUGGACAAGGGACAUACUUUUCAUUCCAAUCCAAGACAUGUGAGUUAUGUGCCAAAGGUCAUUAUCAGAACCUGUGGGGACAGACCAGCUGUAAGUCGUGCCCUGACAACUCCCCAACGACCUGGGGUCAGGGGACAACCUCCAUCUCUAACUGUUACAUUGAAUGUACCAGCGGACAUUACUAUGACUACCGUGACGGUAUAAAGACGUGCCUUGCCUGUCCGAGAGGUACCUACCAGCCACUUGAUGGAUCUUUCUACUGUCUAGAAUGUGGUCUGGAUCUGACAACUGCUUCCUCUGGUACAAAAGACAGCAAAGACUGCAUUGAUCUUGAUCUGACAUCUACUGAGGCAGACAACAACGAAGCAUCAGGAAGAAGUAUGGCAGCUGACGAGGGAUUAUCUGACGACAUUGUCAUUGUGAUAGCCGUCCUCUGUUUCCUGAUACUCAUCGUCUUGGUCAUCUUCAUCUUAGUAUGUCUUUGUAAAGAAAAAAUAUCAUUUUUGAACUAUAACGAUGUAGACCCAGAUGAAUUAACACAAAAAAGCCGAUUUGGAGAGGCAAAAAUUGACUUCAUAACAAGACGACUCAACAAAGUACGGCAUCAGAGGGGAGCUCAACCAAUUAACGACAAACGUUACCAACGACAGAGUUAUCAUUACCAUGACGACACGUCAUAUUAUGAGGAUGAUCCAAUGUCUCCCAGGCACUACCAACACCUUCCAUCACAGUAUGUGCGGUAUCCAAGGGAAAAUGAGAGUUAUGCCGCCUCAAUACAUCUACGCAAGUAUGAAGAAUCCCUAACAGAUGGACACACCACAAAAAGAAGUAGAAGGCUUGCACCUCUGGAUGGUUCAAGACCGGCUGAAGUUAUCACCAAAUCAAAAUCUAAAAAGAAGAGGAAGAGUGGAAAGGAAUCAAGGAAAAAAGUGAAUAAGGAAUUACAUGGCGAGUCUGAGGCUCCCACGAAAACUCAUGAGGUACCUCUUAACGUCCUUCCCGACAGCUCGGAACUAAAGGAAUCUGGCUGGUCAGAAGGUAGAACCAAGAACAAAACUUCAACGCAUGUUCAGCCAGAGAUUAAUCCUAAUACCUUCAGUGAUUCUGAGGCUAGUGAUGUAGACAUUGGUAGAAUUGGUAGAAAAAGCAAGAAAACCUCACAGGCUUAAACUGUACUUUAUAUCUUGCAUUAAAUAUCCAGCUUUUCAUUUAUAAAGGUUAGCUUGCACCUCUCUGACUUUUA